CCUGCUAGAACUGAGUUUCCUUUUGUCUGCCUUGACAAGAGGAAUGACAAGGGCAUUACAGUUUUCCUUCCAAAACGACCAAUAUACAAGUUCCUGUCGAACUUGACAAAUUAUUAGGACAAAAUUUGCUGUUUUCCCAGCAAGUGCGACAGGGAAACAGUCAUCGCUUUGUGGUUUUUGUAUGACGUGCUCACCUUGAAGUCACCAGUAGCAGCAGCAGCAGCAAGCAAGAUAUUGACCCUGCACACAAACGCAUACAUAUACAUUUCACGCACACAGUGGCUAAAUAUCGCAAAAUAUUGAUAUGUUUCGUUACCAAAUGUAUUUUACCGACAGAAACCGGCGAACACUGCAACCGGGCGAACAGAUGACCACCGCCGCCUCCACAUCGCAGCAUGCGUCCUCGACGAUGAUGGCUGGCUCUGGAUCGGGACUGGGAUCAGGAUCCAUCGUUGCUUCCGCAUCCUCUGCCGCCCCAAUGACCACCCCCAGCAGCUCGGCUGUCCGGGCCCUGGGCAUGGAAUACAAGUCACUGCAGGAGGAGCCGGUGGAGGGAUUCCGCGUCAAGCUGAUCAAUGACGAUAACCUAUUUGAGUGGGAGGUGGCCAUCUUUGGGCCGCCGGAUACUCUCUAUCAGGGUGGCUACUUCAAGGCACAUAUGAAGUUCCCGCACGACUACCCGUACUCACCGCCAUCCAUCCGUUUCCUGACAAAGGUCUGGCAUCCGAACGUCUACGAGAACGGCGACCUGUGCAUAUCUAUUCUUCAUCCGCCGGUCGAUGACCCCCAGAGUGGUGAGCUGCCCUGCGAGCGCUGGAAUCCCACACAGAACGUGCGCACCAUCCUGCUGUCGGUGAUCUCGCUACUCAACGAACCCAACACAUUUUCGCCGGCCAAUGUGGAUGCAUCGGUGAUGUAUCGCAGAUGGCGGGACUCACAGGGUAAGGAUAAUGAGUAUCCCAACAUCAUUCGCAAACAGGCCUUGGCCGCCAACGCAGAGGCCAAGCGCGAGGGUAUUGUGGUCCCGACGACCCUGGAAGACUAUUGUCUCAAGCCCACUCGCAAGCCCACAACAGAAUCUGCCAACUUUUACGAUGAUGACUUCGACCUGGAGACCGAGGACGAUCUGCCGACAGACGACGACGACUUCGAGGACGAUGAUGACGAGGAGGAGGACGAGGAUGACAGUGCCACUGCGUCGAUAAGCAAAAAUAACGGUGACAGCAAGUGCAACAACAAUGGACUGGGCCACGAUGCGGCUGCUGCCGGAGCGGACGAUGCCGAGUCCGCCGAUGACAGUGGCAAGGGCGAGACCACAUAAUGUAUCCACGCGAGCCCCGCCAGUCGCCAAGUUUCUUCUUCCUCCCACUCCUGCCCUAGGCGGCGAGCCACCGCCUUUUAAUUUCUUCAACAUUAUUAUUAUGAUUAAUGCUAAUUAUAAACGUUUCAAAACUAAA